GAGGCGCCCCAGGGCGCAUGCGCAGACCUCAUGCUAAGCGCCUUGUCUCGAGCAGUGGCCGGGGCAGCGGUGCGCUGCACCCGUGGUUCCCCGGCGCCCGAGCUUCGCGCCACUGCAGCUACGGCCGCCACCACCAUGUCCCGGCCGCUGUCGCCGCCGCGAGCCGCUUCCGGGGCCCCGGUCCGGCCCGCCACCGUGCUGGGCACCAUGGAGAUGGGGCGCCGCAUGGACGUGCCCGCCAGCGCCGCGGCCGUGCGCGCCUUCUUGGAGCGCGGCCACACAGAGCUGGACACGGCCUUCAUGUACUGCGACGGCCAGUCCGAGAGCAUUCUGGGCGGCCUGGGCCUCGGGCUGGGCGGCGGCGACUGCAGAGUGAAAAUCGCUACCAAGGCCAAUCCCUGGGAAGGGAAGUCGCUGAAGCCUGACAGUGUCCGGGCCCAGCUGGAGACGUCCCUGAAACGGCUGCAGUGCCCCCGGGUAGACCUCUUCUACCUACACGCCCCAGACCACGACACCCCCGUGGAGGAGACGCUGCGUGCCUGCCACCAGCUGCACCAGGAGGGCAAGUUCGUGGAGCUUGGCCUCUCCAACUAUGCCUCCUGGGAGGUGGCCGAGAUCUGCACCCUCUGCAGGAACAACGGCUGGAUCCUGCCCACUGUGUACCAGGGAAUGUACAACGCUACCACCCGGCAGGUGGAAACGGAGCUCUUCCCCUGCCUCAGGCACUUCGGACUGAGGUUCUACACCUACAACCCUUUGGCUGGGGGCCUGCUGACCGGCAAGUACAAGUAUGAGGACAAGGACGGGAAACAGCCCGUGGGCCGCUUCUUCGGGAAUAACUGGGCUGAGACCUACAGAAAUCGCUUCUGGAAGGAGCAUCAUUUUGAGGCCAUCGCCUUGGUGGAGAAGGCCCUACAGGCCGCGUACGGCAGCAGCGCCCCCAGCAUGACCUCGGCCGCCCUCCGGUGGCUGUACCACCACUCCCGGCUGCAGGGCGCCCACGGGGACGCGGUCAUCCUGGGCAUGUCCAGCGUGGAGCAGCUGGCACAGAACUUGGCUGCGACCGAGGAAGGGCCCCUGGAGCCGGCCGUGGUGCAGGCCUUCGACCGAGCCUGGCACCUGGUCGCCCACGAAUGUCCCAACUACUUCCGCUAGGGCCAGUCCCGACUCAAGCUGCCAAAGGUUUCUCUCUUUUCCAUCACUUCUUCUAUCCUCAAUCCUGACCAGUCUGCCUUAAGUUGAUUUAACAUGGUCUUUUUUGAUUGUCUGACUUGAUGCAGUAUUUUUCUAGAUCCCUCUCCCGGCUCCCAGUUGCCUUCGCUUCCCAGUCUAAAGGCUGGGGCUGUGGUCCGCUUGGGCAGUUCCUGUCUGAAUAAAGCAGGCAUUUGCCCAGGCUGUGGCCUAGGCCCCAAGGAAACCCCACAAA